UCGGCCUCACGGAGUCCCCCCCCCGUGUGUCUGUGCUCAACACCCGGAGGCAGGAACCUCGUCACCGCCCGGACCUCUCUCUCUUUCAACCACCACUCUCUCACCUCCACAAGCAACAUGCUGACCGGUCUGUUCCGUAUGCAUGGCCACCUUGUGGCCUCCCACCCCUGGGAGGUGAUCGUUGGCACGGUCACCCUCACCAUCUGCAUGAUGUCCAUGAACAUGUUCACCGGCAACGACCAGAUCUGUGGAUGGAAUUUCGACUGCCCCAAAACCGAGGAGCAAAUUCUAAGCAGUGACAUCAUCAUCCUGACCAUCACACGCUGCAUCGCCAUUGUCUAUAUUUACUUCCAGUUCCAGAACUUGAGACAAUUGGGGUCCAAGUAUAUAUUAGGCAUUGCUGGUCUUUUCACCAUAUUCUCCAGUUUUGUAUUCAGCACCGUCGUCAUUCACUUCCUCGAUAAAGAGCUCACGGGACUCAACGAGGCUCUGCCCUUCUUCCUGCUUCUCAUCGACCUGUCCAAAGCGUGCGCCCUCGCCAAGUUCGCCCUGAGCUCCAGUUCUCAGGAUGAAGUGAGGGACAACAUUGCUCGGGGCAUGUCAGUACUGGGCCCGACCUUCACCCUGGACGCCCUGGUGGAGUGCUUGGUGAUCGGAGUGGGAACCAUGUCAGGGGUGCGGCAGUUGGAAAUCAUGUGCUGCUUUGGCUGCAUGUCUGUCUUGGCCAACUACUUUGUCUUCAUGACUUUUUUCCCAGCGUGUGUCUCACUUGUGCUGGAGUUGUCCCGAGAGAGUCAAGAGGGCCAUCCCAUCUGGCAACUGAGCCACUUCUCCAGAGUCAUGGAGGAGGAGGACAACAAACCCAACCCGGUGACACAGAGAGUCAAGAUGAUCAUGUCCCUGGGCCUGGUGAUGGUUCACGCCCACAGCCGCUGGAUCUCUGAGCCCUUGUCCAUCAACACCACAGUGGGCGUUCCUCAAGUCGGCAUGGAGCUUGACCACCUCUUGCCCCGGAGGAUCGAGCCAGAGAAACCGCUGUGGCACUUCUACCUCACCAGGAUGAUAACCAUGGACAUCGAGCAGGUGAUCUGUCUUGCCUUGGCCCUGCUGCUGGCUAUCAAGUACAUCUUCUUCGAGCAGGCCGAGAUGGAGUCCACUCUGUCGCUAAAGAACCCCAUCACGAUGUCCGCCCCGGCCCUGACCACACGACGGCCCGCCGAGACCUGCUGCAGGAAGGAGCUGUGCCCUCCCCAAGCCGUCUCCCUCGCCCAGGGUGCCCCUGCCCCAGCGCCCACCAACAAGUCAGAGAGAGAUGAGGUCAUCCGACCCUUGUCCGCCCCGGCCACAGAUCCCCAGCCAAAGAGCUUUUUUGUGGAGGGGGACGAAGAGCAGGAGCAGAAAGCUGAGAUUGAUCAAACGAGCCUUUUCCCCCCCAAGCCCAGAGACCUGGACGUAUGUGUGGCAAUCAUCAACAACCCUGAGUUGGGGGCCCGUUUCCUGAGUGAUGCUGAGGUGAUGCAGCUGGUCAACUCCAAACACAUCCCUGCAUACAAACUGGAGGCCAUGAUGGAGAAACCAGAGAGAGGAGUGGCCAUACGUAGACAGAUGAUAUCUGCCAAACUUCCCUCCCCUUCUGCACUUUCCACCCUGCCGUACGCCGACUAUGAUUACUCUAAGGUUAUGGGCACCUGCUGUGAAAAUGUGAUUGGCUACAUUCCCGUACCAGUAGGUGUGGCUGGGCCCCUGCAUCUAGAUGGGAAGCAGUUCCAGGUUCCCAUGGCAACCACAGAAGGCUGCUUGGUUGCCAGCACUAACCGCGGAUGUCGAGCAAUCGCACUGGGAGGCGGAGCCAAAUGUCGUAUCCUGGCCGACAGCAUGACUCGAGGACCCGUCGUCAGGCUGCCCUCUGCCUGCCAGGCUGCUGAGGUCAAGGCGUGGCUGGAGAGCACUGACGGUUUUCAGGAGAUCAAAGAGGCGUUUGACAACACCAGCAGGUUCGCGCGUCUCCAGAAGUUGCUGGUUGGUCUGGCUGGGAGAAAUCUCUACAUCCGCUUCCAUUCCAAGACUGGAGAUGCCAUGGGAAUGAACAUGAUCUCUAAGGGAACAGAGCAGGCUCUGAACACACUGCAGCUGCACUUCCCAGAGCUGCAGGUGAUGGCCGUCAGUGGGAACUACUGCACCGACAAGAAACCAGCAGCCAUCAACUGGAUUGAAGGCCGGGGCAAAUCCGCCGUCUGUGAGGCCACCAUCCCCGCCAAAGUGGUCAAAGAGGUUCUGAAGACGUCCACAGCGGCUCUGGUGGAGGUGAACAUCAGCAAGAACCUGGUGGGCUCUGCCAUGGCGGGCAGCAUCGGCGGGUUCAACGCACACGCAGCCAACCUGGUGGCAGCCAUCUACAUAGCCUGUGGACAGGAUCCGGCCCAGUCAGUGGGCAGCAGCAACUGCAUCACCCUGAUGGAGGCAUCGGGGCCAACGGGGGAGGACCUGUACAUCAGCUGCACCAUGCCCUCGAUAGAGCUGGGCACCGUAGGAGGGGGCACCAGCCUGCCCCCCCAGCAAGCCUGCCUCCAGAUGCUGGGCGUGCAGGGAGCCUGUCUGGACUGUCCGGGGGAGAACGCCCGGCAGCUGGCCCGGGUUGUGUGUGCCACCGUUCUGGCUGGAGAGCUCUCGCUCAUGGCUGCUCUGACUGCCGGCCACCUGGUCAAGAGUCACAUGACUCACAACAGAUCCAAGGUGAACCUACAGGAGACUCCAGGAACGUGCACCAAGAAGGCUUCCUGAGAGCUGACGAGAGCCCGCCUCCUCCAGUGAGCCCAGGUCACCUGAUGGGGCGGUGCAGCCUGGGACAUGUGGACAAUGUGAAAGGGACUAAUCAUUCAUCAAGACAGCAGAUAUCAUCCAAGUGCAUUCAGAGAGACACUAGCGUGUCCUUUUGACCAAUCUCUAUGCUGAAAAAGAGUAUAUUAAUUUUCUGUUUAUUGGGCUUGAAGCAGAGCAGUUAAUUACUGUCUUCUUCUAUUUCAACUUUUAAGAGUGCUGUCAGGUUUUUAGUUGGGUUCAAAUGAAGUACUUCUGCUGGCUUGUUGCCAAAUGCACAACUGUGAACGCCGACACAAUCAAACGUUCACCAUCAGCUAACGAGGGCCAAGUGUCCCAGUUGUGUCCUCGGUUCAACUGCAGCAACACAGACGGAUUCACUGCAUGAAUGAAUCAAUACGUGAAAGAUUGAUGUCUGGAUCCAAGAGGCACUUAAAUACGAGACUGCAAGCUUCAUUUAAAAGUGCUGAGUUCAUCUCCUGCACAGGUUAGGGCUAAAUCAAGAGGGAGGAUGAAUAAGUAAUGCUCCAGGUGCCCGAGCUGCUAAGCACAUGCUGCACGAUCAUCAUAAAGAAACAAAGCCAGUGGCUCAACUCCCCUGGGCACUGCUUCUCCACAACCAAAGAACUGAUCACAAUAAAAGUACAUUCCCACUCUGAUCCUAGACGAAUGGGAAAGGUUUAUUGUACAUAAGUUGUGGUGUAUGCACAUGGGGGCCACAUAGGCGUACUGUGGAAAUGUUUUUAAAACAUACAGAAUGGAAAGAGAAUAUUUGAUAUAUUUUUUGUAAUGAAUACAAAAGGACCUCACAAUGACGGCUUGAUACCGUCGUCCAUAAUGUGGAAUUCUAACACUAACCUGACAGCACCGUGACGUGCACGUGGCAUGGCUCUGUUGCCUUGCUCGUAGAUUAUUGAUCACCACGGAAGUCUGCAUCGUGUGUCCGUAUUAAGUGUUGUGUGUUCAUUUUGAUGUACUGUGCACUGGGGCGAUGUAUUAAUACACAUUCAUGCAUGAGAUGAAUCAAUUCAGGCACACGUUUAUAAUGAAUAAACACAAUGGAUAUGUAUAAUUUCAUUUGAGCAAUGCAAUCAUUUGUUGAUGCACACCGCUCAAUAUUAACUAAAAUUAUGAAGACAUUUUUUGUAUGGAAUAUGUCUUAAUGCAUUCAUUACCCACUGUUGCAGUCUACCAUGAACGUUCCGCUUUAUGACGCAUCACGUGUUCCAAAAUAAAUGCAAAUGCUCAACAGUUAAUUCUC